AUGCGUUUCAACUAUCUUUUUGCCCUCCUUGCCUUGGGAAGUGUUGCUAUUGCGGCCCCUGUUGCUGCCGAGGCUGAGUCUGCUGUUGCUCAAGGCGGCAUUGGCUCUGGGAGCGGAGUUGGAGUUGGCUACGGCGAAGGUUCUGGGGGCGGCGGCGGCGGCGGUGCCGGUGCUGGCAGUGGUAGCGGCGUUGGCGCUGGCGGUGGUGAAGGAAGCGGUUCUGGCUUCGGUGCUGGUGGUGGCAUCGGUGCUGGUGGUGGCGUCGGUAUUGGAAUUGGUGAAGGCAGUGGCAGUGGAGGUGGCAGUGGUAGUGGCUUUGGAUUCGGAGCCGGAAAGGGAAGUGGUUAG